CACCCUUUUCCCCAUACAGGAAGCUGUGUUACAAACAAGCUAGCUGUCAACAAAGGCAAAACUGGAAAAUCACCCUGUUUUCCCUGAAGUCGGGUGAAGUUACCGACUGUGGGUGAUUUCCUUGUUUCGCAGCAUCGCUGGUCGAGUCCCGAAAAUGGCAACAACUGCGCAGCUGUUCGAGGAGCCCUUUGAUGCAGAUGAAUACAUCGAGCGGUUGGCGUGGAGGACCCCAGGAGGAGGCUCUAAAGGGGGAGCUGAAGCAUUUGACCCCAAAAGGCUGUUGGAGGAAUUUAAAAGCCACAUUGAAGAGUUAAAGCAGUUGGAUGAGAAGAUUCAGCGAAAGGUGGAAAAGCUUGAGCAUCAGUGUCAUCGAGAGGCCAAGGAAUUUGCCCACAAAGUGCAAGACCUUCAGAGGAGUAACCAGGUGGCCUUCCAACAUUUCCAAGAACUUGAUGAACACAUCAGCUAUGUUGCCACCAAGGUUUGUCACCUAGGCGACCAGCUGGAGGGGGUGAACACUCCUCGCCAGAGGGCCGUGGAAGCUCAGCGUCUAAUGACUUACUUUAAUGAGUUUUUGGAUGGAGAUCUGCGCAGCGAUGUCUUCAAUGAUCCAGAAAAGAUUAAGGAAGCUGCUGAUAUAAUUCAGAAGCUGCAUCUCAUUGCCCAGGAGCUGCCAUUUGACAGAUUUGCAGACGUCAAAGCAAAAAUUGCAAGCAAAUACCACGACCUGGAGAGGCAGUUAAUCCAGGAGUUCACUGCUGCCCAGCGCCGGGGUGAGAUUGGUCGUAUGCGGGAGGUUGCAGCCGUUCUAUUACAUUUCAAGGGGUAUGCACACUGCGUGGACGUCUACAUCAAGCAGUGUCAGGAAGGUGCCUACAUGAGGAAUGAUGUGUUUGAAGACACUGCGGCGCUCUGCCAGAGGGUCAACAAGCAGGUGGCCGAGGUCUUCAGCAGCCCAGAGACAGUCAUGGCCAAACUCAUCCAGAAUAUCUUUGAGAACAAACUACAGGCUCACGUUAAAGAGAAACUAGAUGGAACUCGACACUCCGAUGCAGAGCAGUACCUCAAAAACCUCUAUGACCUUUACACCAGGACCACAGCAUUGGCUGCCAAGCUAACAGAGUUCAACCUCGGCUCAGACAAGCACACGUUCCUUUCCAAGCUGAUAAAGAGCAUCUUUUCCUAUUAUUUGGAAAGUUACAUCGACAUGGAAAGGGAAUACCUUCGUAAUCGAGGUGCCAUGAUUCUGCAACGAUACUACGACUCCAAGAAUCACCAGAAACGGGCAAUUGGCUCUGGCAGUAUUCAGGAGCUAAAGGAACGCAUCAGGCAGCGCACCAACCUCCCCCUCGGCCCCAGCAUCGACACCCACGGAGAAACCUUCCUGUCGCCCGAGCUGGUUGUUAAUCUGCUGCAGGAGACUCGCCACGCGUUCGAGAGGUGUCACCGGCUCUCAGAUCCAUCUGAUCUGCCUAAAAAUGCCUACUCGAUCUUCCUCCUGCUGGUUGAACAUCUGUGUGUGGACCACAUUGACUACGCUCUGGAGAUUGGGCUUUCAGCCAUUCCGUCAUCUGAUGCCAAGAAUGCCAACCUGUACUUCCUGGAUGUGGUUCAGCAGGCAAACUCCAUCUUUCACUUGUUUGACAAGCAGUUCAAUGAUCAGCUGAUGCCCCUUAUAAGCUCAUCCCCAAAGCUGGCAGAGUGCUUGCACAAGAAGAAGGAAGUGAUCGAACAGAUGGAAGUCAAACUGGACACUGGAAUUGACAGAACACUAAACUGCAUGGUGGGGCAAAUGAAGCACAUCCUGGCAACAGAGCAGAAAAAAACAGAUUUCCGACCCGAGGAUGAAAACAAUGUCAUGAUCCAGUACACCACAGCCUGCUCCAAGGUCUGUGCCUACGUCAGUCGGCAGGUGGAGCACGUGCGCAAGUCCAUGGAUGGGAAGAACGUGGACACGGUGCUGACAGAGUUGGGGGUUCGCUUUCAUCGGCUCAUUCACGAGCAUCUACAGCAGUUCAGCUACAGCUCGAUGGGCGGCAUGCUGGCCAUCUGUGACGUGGCCGAAUACCGCCGAUGCGCUAAGAACUUCAGGGUCCCCCUGGUGCUGCAGCUCUUCGACACACUCCACGCUCUCUGUAACCUCCUGGUGGUCGCUCCCGACAACCUGAAGCAAGUUUGCUCAGGUGAGCAUCUCACCAAUCUGGACCGGAACCUCCUGCACGCUUUUGUCCAGCUCAGAGUGGACUACCGUUCAGCCAGACUGGGCCGACACUUCAGUUAAUGACCGGAGAGCUCACUACUCCACAGAGGGAUCUCUGCUUUGAUGAGGGAUGCCCCAUUGACCUUUCAAUGUGUCAGUGCGGGCCCAGCAGAAGGACUACGCUGGUAAAAAAAAAGAUCUUGAAUGUGGGAAAUGUGCAUUUCAUUAAAUUUUUCCACCUGAUCUGGUGACGUUUAAACCCCCCAUUAACUUCCAUUUGUUUUUAAAUACUAAUCUAAAUGUAUAAGGCCUUAAAUAUAGGCAGAUGGACAACAUAUAUUUCUGUGCUUACUUCAAAAAUGUCUUUUGCUUGUGCCAAAAAAACAAAUUUAGCAGCUGCACCUGUGCAGGAGAACUGUCCGUGGAGCUGCUUCAAAGGGAGACUAUCAAGAAUCAGGCUGUGAAGUCGGACUCAGCCCUGCAGUUGCACUACAUUUUAGAAACGGUUAACCCUUUGUGAUGACUCGGCGGGAGAGGACAGACAGUCUAAGCAGGAGUUAGACACCUAUCUGUCUAAGAAACACAUGACCACCUCUGCACCCUUUGACCCUUGACCACAAAGAGGAGGUUAAGAGGCCAUCACAGAGAAGUAUGACCUGAGCUGCAGAGCGCUCUGAGAGCCUCUCUGGAGGCUUGGGUGGUCUUCUUUUUGGCCGGGAUGAUUGGUGUGAUGGGUCAGUGAUUGUGUGUCACUGUAAUUGCACAGAUCAACACUUGCUCAUCCAGUGGUGCGCAAAGUCCAAAGACGUUGUUGAUUUGAUCUGCUGUGUUUCUGGGUCAGGAGACGCCAAAAUGCUGACCUCUGGUGAUUAAAGAAACAAACUAGAAGGGAUUUCUUCACACAGGGCUUACUGAAGGUUCUCAUUAAUUAUCCUUUGCACAAGAAAGGGAAGAUAAUGCCCCUGAUGCCUGAAAUGAUUUCCAAUACAAAGCUGCUUUCACUGUACUGCUGUUUACUUUAAUUAGUCACUCAAUAAAAAAAUAAAAUUACA